GGCGGUGCAUGCGCUAGCCGGCCAGGACCUUCCUUUUUACUUUAUUUCUUCCGGUUUGCGUGCCGUUCCUUCGAAGGUUAUGAGCCUCUGAGUCUGUCAGCUUUCGCAGCUUCCUCUUGGCGUCAUGAGACUGCAAGACUUCCGCGCCGACACACCGACAAACGCGACUUUCCUGUUCAGCUUGCAUGCAGACCGCACCGGGUUCCUCUGGGCGCUCGAGAAAAUCUGGAGAAGAUCUGUUUUACUUCCUCCCUUAUUUUCUUUGAGACGAACACAUUCGUGGCAGUAACGCCGGCGGAGUUCUUCCGCCUUUGUCUAGUGCGAAGUACAAGCACAGCGGCCGGCAAGUCUCUGUCGGUGGUCUGUGUUUUCUACCGCCAGGCUUUGCCUCUCUGUCUCGCGGGUGGAAAACUCAAGCAAAGACGAAACAUUUGGCCAGACUUUAAGUCUCCGAACCCAGUUUUUGUUUUCGUCGCCGCAGCUCCCAUUGAAAAUGCCGACAAGUCGCGAACCUGCAGUCAAGCCUCUGCCCUGCAGCUAGAGCCACGGAUCUUCUGAGAAGAGAAGAGAAAAAUCUCACACGGUGGAUCUCUUGUCGAGUCGUUUUUCGAAUAUCUGGUUCCGGUGGUAUGUGCAGAAGAUGCGAGAUGCUGUCAGUGCCGGCUUUGCAAAGAGGAUGUGCACUCGCUUUUGUCUCCAUCUGAGUGGGUCUUCUCUGCAUGCUCUCUUCUCGUACGUCCAACGUCUUUUGAAGCAGCGAAGCUACGCGGCUGGACCGUCUCUGCUCUCUGCUUGUCGGCGCUCACGUCUCCUCUCUUCUCGUCUACAUUUCUUCCCCUUCGUUCCUCUUGUCUCUCCACUCUUUCCCCAGUUCGAGCCUUCUCUCGCCUCUGCUGCACCGCAGAAGCGGUCUUCGACUUUGAAACGAUGCAGGCCAUCCCGAAGAGCUCAUUUCUGCUUCGACUUUGUUUUCGCUUGUCCUACACGUUCUGUUGGCCAUGAGCGUCGUCCGCCGUUCGCGGUAGUGAUUUCCUUUCGCUUCGCGCCGCGGAGUUUCUUCCACCAACAUGGAGGAAGUCGAAGGAAAAGCCGCAAUGAGGGCCGCAAGACGUGAGAGAGAACCGAAGAGAGAAAAUCGGUUUUCUCGCGACGCCUCGAGACUCGACUGCCGACGCAUGCAUCAGAGGUCGCCAACUGUCUCUGUAGAACGGUCUGACUCGCCUUCUUCAAAUUCUGUCGUCUCCAUCCCUUCCCGGUCUCCCUCUCUUUCUUCUCUUUCUUCUCUUUCUUCUUCUCCGUCUUCGCCUUCUUCUCUGUCUCGCUCCUGUCUUUCGGCGGCUCGGUCUUCUCCGUCUCGUUCGUCCUGUACAGCGUCGCUCUCGCCCUCUGCUUCCGAUUCUUCUCCGUCGUCGCCUGCGUCUGUCUACUCUCUCUCACCCUCCCAUCGGUCGCCUUCUCUCCACAGUGUCUGCUCCUCUUCACCGCCUUCUCCGAUCGCUUCCCCCUCUCUCCAACCUCUUGGGCUCUCCACUGGUGCAUGUGCGAGGAGAGGGAAGAAGGCGCCGCGCGUCUUGCUCGCUGCAGGGUCUUCUCCAGCCGCGUCUCGCCUGUUGCGGCUCCGGUCUCCCCAUCGCGAAGAAACUCCUGCUGGCUCUUCGCUCCUUUCUGUCCUCCUCGAAAAAUAUCCUGACUCUGGUAACUCCACCCACGCAUGCACCCGCCUCGCCUCCGCUGGGCAGCCAGACGCCUCUGCGGCCAGAGAUUUCCUUCGGUUGAAAGCCACUCUGGAGAAGCGCCAGAGCGGAAGGUUUUGUCCACCGUCGCUCUCGCCUCUGGCCUCGGAAGACGAUGUAGGACAUCUCUUGGCUUUCUCCCCACACCAGCUGGACGCCUUUCAAAUUGUCGGUGCAUGCGCAGCCCUACGAGGAGAGUCGGCCUUCGUCUCCGCUCACACAUCUGCAGGGAAGAGCCUCGUGGCGAAUCUUGCCGCCUUCCUGACGCUCCGCCGGGCUUCUUCUUCUUCUUCUUCUUCGUCUUCUUCUUCUUCGUCUUCUUCGUCUUCUUCUUCGUCGUCGUCUCUCGCUGCCUCUGCGUCGCCUGCACCGUGUGUACUGUAUCUGUCUCCGGUCAAGGCGCUGAGCAAUCAGAAAUACCGAGAGCUGACGGAGACGUUUCGCGAGGUCGCGACAGUUGGCCUCUUGACGGGCGACGAGAUAAAGAACAUGCGCGCCAAGCCACACAUCGUGAUCGCCACGACGGAAAUCAUUCGCAACCGUCUCCUGAAACAGUCUGGUGGGGACUUUGAUUUUUUUCGUUGCCUGAAACUCGUGAUCAUCGACGAAUUUCACUUCUUCGCGGACGCGAGACGCGGCACUGUUUGGGAGGAACUUCUGCUCCUCCUUCGACAGGCCCAAGGAAACAUUUCAGGUGUCUCUUCUCUUCAAUUUGUUUUCCUCUCUGCUUCUCUCGAACAACCCACGAGCUUCGCUUCAUGGUUCUCGCUGACGUUUCGGCAGCCACUCCACCUCAUCGGGACGAAACGGCGCGUGGUGCCGCUCGAUUUUUUCGCGCUUUUCGAUUCUUCGGGGGAGGCGCCUCCUACGCUGUGGCCGCUGUCCGUACACUCGAACUCGGAAACAAGGCGAGCACCGGCGUGCGUAGGUUCCGAAGAAGACGCAGUGACAAACAGAGACGGAGGAAAAACGAAUGAAAGUCUCUGUCGGACAGAGGAAGGCGAAGAGAGGACCAGGCUCGGGGCGUUUGAUUGGUAUGCUUAUUCGCGAGGCGCAGAGGAAGCUGCUCGAGGAAGGACAUCGCGGGAGAAACUCAGAGACGAAGUAGCGCCUUUCCCGCAGACUUCUUACCACACUGUCGUCCAGGCUGUUCGCGCAUGCAUAGACAGGAGUCUCCUCCCCGCCCUCGUGUUCUGCUUUUCUCGGAGACAGUGUCUGGCGAUUGCAGAGCGUCUCCUGCCUCUCAUUGGCAUCCUCACGCCGCUGAUAGCGCGGCACCAGUUGGGGUGUAUGUACACCGCAGCUGAGGCGGGAGUGUCCGGCUGGCCGCGCAGAGGGUCGCUCCUUGGGACGUUUCGCGAAGAAGAAGAUGCAGAGUCUUUUAUUCCGCCGGAAGGCGAAGAGGAGUUGAGGAGAAGAGAAAACGCAGACGCGCAGCGCCAGCUGGAGACUCUGAAGCCUUUGUUCCUGCGAGGCAUCGGCGUCCACCACGCGGGGCUCUUGCCGCCGGUCAAGGAGUUGGUCGAGAAAGCGUUUGAACGCGGACUUCUUCGGGUGACAGUGUGCACCGAGACCUUCUCCGUGGGGGUGAAUCUUCCUGCCAAAGCUGUCAUUUUCUCCUCGCUGUUCAAACCUGUCGACUCGACUGCAGCCGAAGGAAGCAGAAGAUUGGGGAUCGCGCGGCCGGCCUCUUCUUCUUGUCUCGCGAGUGAAGAGUCUCUCCUGCUGGAGGAUGCGUGGUUCUGCGCUUCGCCGAAGGAGACGGAGGGUGAAGAGGCGCCCUGGAUGCGAAGGGACUGGGGAGCAGGAGACCGACGGAGCCUGUGGGGAGGAGACGGGGAGACAGGAGACAGAGGAGACAUCGCAUGGCGGCUGCUCUCGCGGGCAGAGUUUGAGCAGAUGGCUGGCAGGGCCGGCCGCCGAGGCGUUGACCAGAAAGGAACCGUGAUUCUUCUUCUCCCUUCCCCAGCGCCUCCUCCGGCGUCCAUCGAAACUCUCUUCUUUUCGCCCACUGCUUCUCUCUCGUCUUGCGGCCUCCCGACGGAGUCUCUCCAUAGCCAGCUGAACAUCUCCUUCCAAACUCUCCUCCUUCUCCUCAGCCGCAACAAUCCUGAAAGGACCACAGACGAAGAAGAAGAGAAAACAGAAGAGAGAGAAGAAAAGGAAGAGCACGAGAGAAAACAAGGGAUAGAGGAAGAGACAGGCGAGCAAAAUAGAGAAGAAGAGGAAGCAGACGGUGAACAGAGGAAUGCCGAGGAAAGGGUAUCGAGAGUGAGACAUGAGGAAGCGAAUGAAGAGUUUGCCAGGAGACGGAGGAACUUCAAGAAAGCGAGACCUUUUUCUUGCGGCAGAGUCGUUAACGAUUUGCUUCUCAGCUCUUUUCGUUUCUUCUCCAUUUCCAUGAACUUACCUUUCGUUCAGCGCGAAACUGAACUCCAGAAACGCUGGCUGCGAGCCCUUCCCUCCGCCUUUUCACUGCGCCCGGGGAGAGCAAAAGGAGACAGGGAAAGCGCAGGAAGAAGAGCGAGAAGAGGAGACAGAAGAGACACAGAGGGAGAAGAGACAGAUCGCGGGAGCGAUGCAUACAGCGGUGACGAAGGCGGAGAGAAUGUGGAGAGAAACAAAGAGAGGAGAACGGGAGACACAGAGAGCCCAAACAUUUCUGCCUCUUCCAGUUCCUUAGCGCGGUGGAAAAAGCAGGCAGCGCGCUGCAUGCGUCUCGUAGAAAAAUACAGGCACUAUCGGUGGAAGCUGCACCGGAGUCUGCAGGCUGCUUUCUCAGACUCCUACCUCGCGUACCUGCACCCGGGGGCGGUUGUGCUUCUCGUUGAGACUGUGGAUGCCCGCCCAUUCGAAAGGAGAAGACGAUUUCGUGGAGAGAGAGAAGACAAGGCAUCACCUCUCCAGUUUCCGACUUCUCAGUGGGCUUCUGCGAGCGAGGAGGACGCCCACGGUGGAGCCUCUCUCGCGCUCCUGCGCGACGCUCCUGCACGAAUCGCUCUCCUUUCUCAAGGCUCGGUUUCUGGAAGUUCUCUUUCCGAAGGUUCUCCUCAAGGUGUGCCGUUGUCUUCUCCACUUUCCUUCGGCGGGCAGAAAGAACGGAGAGGAGCAGCCGCUUACCUCUCUUGCUUCACGGAAAAAGCAGAAGCGAGGCGACGCUGCUGGGGAUGGGGGCUGAUUCUCGGCGUUACGCCUUUGAAGAAGUCCUCGGCAGGAUCUGAUCGCCACCCUCAAGGGAAAAAACAGAGGACGCAAGUUUUCCUCGACUGCCUCGUUGCAUGCGUCUUCACACGCCGUCUGGGCUCGACGAAAUUCCCCCUCACUCCCCAGCCGUUCCGUCCGCGCGCCGCCUCUGCUUGCAAAGAAGGCGGGGGAGACGAAGAAGGAGACCGACAAGAGAGGUGGAUUCGGCGCCUUGUGCCUGAGCUUGUGCCGGGAGAAACGAAGCAGAUGGCAGAAGAAGAGGUCGAAAGGUGCACUGAGUGGGUUGUCGCAGCAGCCGAAGAGGCAACGAAGCUUUGGGCUGAGCGCCUGGGGAGGCGCGAUCUCGAGAGGAAGAAGCGAAGAAGAGAGAAGAAGAGAGAGGAAGAGCGAGAAGAGAAACGCGCGGACGAAGCAGUCGAGCUCGCAGUGUUCCCGUUCUCCACCGAGUGCGUUCAGGCGAUUUCGCAGGUUCAUGUGAACCUCCGCAGUCACCCUACUCUCGAUCUCCGCAAAGAAGAAGACCGAGUCGCUCUCUUUGUCUCCAUGGCAGAAGCCUUGCGAACCGCUUGCUCUUCUUCUUCUUCCUCUUCUGCUUCUGCCUGGUCUUCUUCCCCGUUUACGUCGUCGGCCUCUCAAGGGACGGCGGCGGAAGCUGGGGAGGAGAGAGCCGAUUCCAGAGGGAGAGAGGAGAACGGUCGAGGGAGAACGCAAGAGAGAAGAAAGAGGGAGGAGUGCGGGUGUGGGGUCCUUGGCCUCCACGAGGGAGAGACAGGAGUCCCGUUCAUUCCCUUGCUGGAAACGGCGCGAACCGAUGCAUGCGUCCAUCUGCUUCACCGCAAAUUGCGGAGUGCGAAGGAGAAACUGGAGCAGGCGACGCGGGCGGCAUUCAGAAAGCAGGAGAAGCAUCCGAGCCAACAGGAGAAAUUCUGCGAAUUCGUUUUUCUCUCGUCGCGAGUCCUUCCGCGUCUGGAGCGUCUCAGGGCGCUUGCGCCAACGGCGGACUUCGAGCGGGUGCGUAGUAUGGAGGCUGCGCUGCUGUCUCUGAACUUCCUUCGCGUUCAAGAGAACUUUUCGCGGCGGACUCUGUUCCGGACGAAAGGAUCCGCUUCGCCUUUCUUGCAUACCACACGCAAAGGGCUGCUUGCCGGGUACUUGUUCUUUUUCGAGGAGCGCUCGCUGGUGACGGCAGAGAUUCUCGACUGCAUGCACCGGCGUCUCUCUUCUCGGCUGCUCGCGGACGGACGGGAGCUUUCUUCUCUCUCUCGUUCCAGGGGAGACGCUUUCGGUCCUGGGCGUCCUUGUUCUUCGAGAAAAGGCGGCGACGCCAGGCUCGGGGAGGAAGGAGAAGAAGAGGGAGAGAAAGAGAGAAGAAGCGAACGGAGGUCGGCGGAGACAGAGCCAGAGCGGACAACAGAGGGCUUGGCUGGUGUGUCGCCAGAAGGCACUGGCGGCGGCAGGGCAAGAGGAACUUGGGCGGAGUUUCAGAAACCUGAGCGCGAAGAAGAGAAGGAGGAGGCGAAAGGCACCUCGUUUUUUCUGCCCGACUGCGUCGACGAGGCGCUUCUCCUCACCCUUUUCGCAGGACUCUGUGGGGACGGACGAGAGAGAGUCGCCGUUGUCGACGAGAGCGACUCGUGGAAAGCAGAGAGGAGCGCAUGCGGCGAACUGCGGGGGGCGGAGAAGAAAAACGCGCUAGUCGGCAAACACACGGAGACGCAGGAAGCGAUUCUCGAAGAGGCACACGACAUGGACAUCGCUUCGAAAAUCAUCCAGAAUGCAGCAGUGCCGAUUGUGGCUGCGCUGCGGAGACAACGCGCCGGCAGAUCCGUCGUUGAAAAAGUUGCCUUCGUCGACAGGCAGGCUAUGCGUGACGUGUAUCGAUGGACGAAGCGACAGGCCGUCGGGGAAAAAGAGGGAGGCGCAGAUCUCGCACAUCCGAUCUCGUUCACACUUCGGCGACUCGCCUCCGCUCUGCAAGAAAUCCAAGCGGCGCUUCUGCACGCAUACGGCCGCGAUCCUGCGGCCGAGAUGCUGAGCCAACUCCUUCGGAAUCUUCUUCUUCUGCUUGGCAAACAAGGACCCAAUAACUACAUCCUACCGACCUAAACUCCUUCACGCAUACAUGUUUAUGUAGGCCCUAGAGAUCGUGUGAAAGCUGCUUUGAUUUCCAUGAACGGAGGUACAUAUUCGAUUAUCUUCGCUCCCAUGGUCAGCAGUAACUUAACAGUCAAACGUAUCCAGUGUGAAGUUUAAACGUAAUGCAGCUUAAGCUUCUAUGUUGUUAUGUUAAUCAAAUAAGCUUUAUCGUAUAUAUAUAUAUAUGUAUAUCUA